AUGCAGCUGAACGAGCUUCUGAUCGAGACUUUGAAAGCGAAACAAGUCAAGUCUGACGCGGUUUCAGCGCUCGAGCGCGAGCGGAAAGAGAUGAAAAUUGAAACCGAGAGGCUCGAAAACAUCGUCGAAAGCGCGGAAGCUGAGGUGUUGAAAAACGAGCUCGCUUUGAACUCGUCGAGAGAAAACGCGGAGGUGUUGGAAAACGAGCUCGCUUUGAGAACGAGAAACUAUGAAAAAUUAUCGAGACGGCACGACGAGUUUAGAAAGCGUCUAAUAAAUCAGCGGAAAAUGAAACGUGAAAGCAAGUGCGUGAGCUCACGGGAGAGCUUCGGCAGAACGAAGAAAAAUACGAAUAAAGCUGCGAAAAUCGAGAAAGGAAGAGCAGAACCUCGCGGCGAAGAACAAGGAACUUGA